CUACAUUUGCGGUAAGUAUAAACGAUCAUGUUUCGACGCGCGGUCUGUGCCAGAAACAGCACCACCUAUAAAGCGGAGAAGGCGUGUAUCUUAUAUGAAUGAAUUCUUGGCUUAAAACAUCUUCAGCGCCUUUCCCGUCCUCCCUGUUGGACACUUGAGAAUGUGGAACUACUCAAUACCGGAAAAGGAAAGAAAUUUGCACGUAGCCGGGCACAGCCGACUUGAGGCCAUACGAUGCGACAACAGCGUGGGAAGGAUAUGUUUUUCCAGAAAGGUAGGGGCAAAGUCGUACAGAUAUUCGCUUCUCUUUUCUUUUACUCCACGAGAAUUGCUGUACACAUUGAAUAUAGCCCAUCAUGCUCGUUUUCUGCAAGCUACUCGUUGCUCUUCUAGUGACAACUAUCGUCGCUGCCCAUCCUGGACCGGAUCCGAUUCUUCCUCGUUCAGCAAUUCAGCGUCGUAGUACAUUGGCCAGGCGAUGUGCCAGCCAUGUCGAGAGUUUUAACAAGCGCCGUAUGGCCAAGAGAGCGAUGAACAAGCGCUGGGCAGAUUCAGGUCGCAACACCACGGUUGAAAUCACUACGGAGGCACCCUACUACGAAACCAUUCAGAAUGACACCUGCGUUCUCACCCCCGAGGUGACUCGUGGUCCGUAUGUCUGGCCGCGCUCCCAGACUCUACGUCAAGACAUGACCGAGGACCAAGUGGGCGUCCCCCUGUGGCUUGAUGUGGGAGUGCUGGAUAUGGCCUCUUGUGAACCUCUACCCAACGUCCUCCUCGAUUUUUGGCAUUGCAAUGCAACUGGCUCUUAUUCUUCGUUCACUGGACUGUCUCCAAACACCGACUUUGUUAAACUCCUGUCUGAGUUAAACAUUACUGAUUAUGAUUUGGGUGUUACCGACCUCCAUACGGACGACACGACCUGGCUUCGUGGAAUGUGGCCUACCAACAAAGAGGGUCUCAUGGAAAUGAAGACAAUAUUCCCUGGAUUCUAUACCGGACGUUCUAUUCAUAUCCACGUACAGGCCCACACCAACUGGACUCUCCGAGGAAACGGUACCCUAGUAUCCAGCAACACUGUCAGCACUGGUCAGAUAUAUUUCGAGGAAGAUCUGUCGCAGAAGAUAAUGGCCUUACAGCCUUACGCCUCCCAUACGCAGAUCAACCGCACCACUAACACUAAUGACUCGGUUUUCUCCCAAGACACUGCGGGAGGAUACAACCCAAUUGUCUCCGUCGUCCCGGCAGACGGCAAGGAUGUAAACAAUGGCAUGAUCGGCUAUAUAACUAUCGGUGUUGAUACAAGCGCCAUUGAAACAUUCAAUAAAUAACCAAAGAUAUCUUGUAUAUAAUGGC